UUCUCACAUACAUGAACAUAUCUUCACCAUUUCAAGACUGCGUAUAGAAAGAGCAAAGUUCUUUCUUUCUUUCUUUCUUUCUUUUCUUUGGGAAGAUGUAUGUGACGCGGCCUCUGUCCGUGUAUUGGAAGCACCCUGAGGCCCUCUCGGAGGCUCCGCCGGCAGGGCCGGGCUCUGGAUACCUGGUUAUUCAGGAUGAGGAAGCCCAGAAUUUCUGCUGCUUUGGGUUGUGUAAGGACAGCCAGCUCUACAACUUCCCCUUCCCUCAGAACAAGGACCUCACGGUCCGGUACACCGAGAACCACGGUGAGAGCUCGACGGUAUACAACGAUGGGGUAUUCAUGAUACCACUCAUCGGCCAGCCCUUAUCCUCCAAUCAGUACUAUGUGAUCCGGCGUCACGGGAAGCAUAAAGGGGAAGCGCACGGUAAUUCGACGGAAGAAGACAAAGGCACCUGCUUGUGCUUCCGCUACGUUAAAGACAAGAAACCGAGGCCGUUGGAUCCCAACGACAUGUACCAGCAGUUCAUUAUCUACCCACGCGAGACUACAUGUGGCUAUGGUGGCUUCCACGCGAAGUCCGUCGCCCCAGAUGGCUAUCCUCCGAGAUUCCUGAAGAGGAAAGGCUGGACCCUCCAUGGCAAAACGCCCAAGAACUUCUUCUUGGAUGAUGACGCGCAGGGAGUCAAUGACUCUCAGAGGUCAAAGCUCCCGAGCCUUGACUUCCCUAUCGACAGGAAGAGCUCGGACCCGGCGGUGGUGGGGAAGUGGUACUGCCCGUUCAUGUUCGUCAAGGACGGGGAUGUUGGGGACCAGAUCAAGACCUCGGCGUUCUUCGAGAUGACGCUGCAACAGAGAUGGGAACAGGUCCAUGUGUGUGAGAAUCAUGCCAGUAAAGGCAAUGCUGUGGAGGUGGAUGAGCUUGUUCAGAAGGAGGCUAUCACAGUGUUUGGUGAGGAAGCUGGGGAGGGUGAUGUGAGUGAUGGAGUGGUGUGGUUUAGGAGUAAGAGAGGAGUGAUAGGGCUAGGCAUGGCGAUUGUGGAGAGGAUGAGGUGGGAGGAAGAGAGAGUGGGUUGGGUGAAGGAGGGAGAGAAGAGAGGGAGGGUGAAGAGAGCGGACGAGUUCAUCAAAAGCGGGUCGAGCGAGAAUUGGAAGAGGUUUGGCUGUUAUGUGUUGGUGGAGAGUUUUGUGCUGAAGAGAAUGGAUAAGACUUUGGUGUUGGCUUGUGACUUCAUGCACACGCACCAAGUGAGGAGCAAAUGGGAGUGACAAUUCCUCAUCAGUGUUCUGUCUUUUGUUGGUUUAAUAUCUGCUGUUUCUGUGACUGUUGUCCAUGAAAGCUUGGCUAAGUUCUUAUGCUAGACAUGCUUGGUUAGUACUUGUUCCUUCAAGUGUUGUUCAUUCGUCUAUGGACUAAAUUACAUUAUUGUAAAUAUGCCUACCGAUGUAGAGCAAGGAGUGAGAAUUUUUGUGUUGUCCAUGUCCAUCCGUGAAGAACAGUCAAUGGAGAAAUGUAAGCAACAAGCAAAGGUAAGAAUUUUAGGUUUUUAAGGCAAUACGAGAUGAUAUUUUAGUUGAA